AUGUCAGGAGCAGCUGGUUUUGAUAGACACAUCACCAUUUUCUCACCAGAAGGUAGACUUUAUCAAGUUGAAUAUGCUUUUAAAGCUAUAAAUUCUACAAAUAUUAAUGCAAUUGGUAUUACAGGUAAAGAUUCAGUGGUAAUUAUAUCACAAAAAAAAGUUCCUGAUAAAUUAUUAGAUCCAAAAACAGUAUCAUAUAUUUUCCAAAUAACUCCAUCAAUUGGUCUUGUUGCAAUUGGUUCAAUUGCUGAUGCAAGAUCUCAAGCAUUAAGAGCAAGAGCUGAAGCUGCAGAAUUUAAUUAUAAAAAUGGUUAUCAAAUCCCUGUUGAUGCUUUAUCUAAAAGAAUGGCUAAUUUAUCUCAAAUAUAUACACAAAGAGCUUAUAUGAGACCUUUAGGUGUUUCAUUAACUUUUAUUUCUGUUGAUGAUGAAUUUGGUCCUUUAUUAUAUAAAACUGAUCCUGCUGGUUAUUAUGUUGGUUCCAAGGCAAAUGCUGUAGGACCAAAACAACAAGAAUUAACAACUGCAUUAGAGAAAAAAUAUAAAAAAAAAGAAUAUUUAUCAGGUGAUUGGAAAGAAAUUGUUGAAGCUGGUAUUAUUACAUUUUCAAAUACUUUAAAUACAGAAUUUAGAAAAAAUGAUAUUGAAAUUGGUGUUGCAAUUAAAGAUAAAUUCUUCACUUUAACACCUGAAGAAAUUGAUGAACGUUUAGUUUCAAUUGCAGAACAAGAUUAA